ACCGGUGAGCGGGGAGAGCCGUUUCCUCCAACCGGGCCAGCGCUCGCUGGAGUCAGGUACACAGCCAGCUCUGUGCAGCCGCUGUUUACGCCCCGAAACACUUUGACACGAAGAGCUACUAACUGUCUAAUUGGAUUUCUUCGACCCCGCGUCACCAGCCCUCAGAAAACCGGAAGCCGAAAGUUUUUUUUUUUCCCCCACUCUCUCGCAUGUGUGGUAAAACUGAGCGCUGUGUGAUCUGGGGGGGGGGAGAUUUGCAUGCAGAGUGCAGGGAAACAAAAUGGUCUAUUAAGGAGCAAUUUGGGUUUUUUUUUUCCCUCUUUAAAAAAAAAUAAUAAAGGCUUGCUUGGUCCGUGCCUCUCGCACUUGAGCGCCGUGUUCUUCAACAGGUACCGACUGGGGCGGGCGUACCUUGUUUUUACCUGGUUUUGCGGCCAUGUGGGACCCCGAGGAAUUUGAGAGGCACUGGAAGAAUGAAUUCCCCGAGGGGCAGGUUCCGAAGAUGGAGCUCGGCUCCGUCGAAGACAUCGAGAGGGAGCUGGAGACGUGCAAAGCCCACCUCCGAGCCCUCCAGCAGCAGCUGUCGGAGGAGAAAUUCAAAGUGAUUUACCUCCAGGCGACCAUCGCCCGCCAGCGGAAGAGCUACGACCGGGAGAGGUGGGAGUCCGGCAGCAGCGGGGGAGAGAAGUUGGACGCGGCGGCGGAGGCGGCGGCGGCCGGGAGCGGGGAGCCGAAGGAGCCGCCGGGGCACAGCGAGAGCGUAGCCCGCAGGAAGAAAGACAUAGCGGGCAAGCCCGGCCAGCACCGCGGGCAGGACGCGCCCAGAGCCGGGGAGCGCCACUUGCCCGGGAGCAACAGGCCGGCCAGGGCGGACAGGCUCGGCUCCCCCCCCCCGGUCUUGCCCCGCAAGAAGGACUCCUUCGAGAGCGGCUCCUCCUCGGUGUCCGGCCACUCCGAGGCGGACGGGGGCUGCGCGGCGGCGCCCCACGCCGGCCCGGACGCCCCAGCCGCCGCCGCCGACCUGAGCGACCACGACUACGAGGACGUGGAGCUGAACGACACCUUCGUCAGGGGCCACCUGCUGGCCCCCGCUGCCCACCCGGCCGGCCCGCUGGGGGAUGCCCUGAAGGCGUUGCGCCACAGCAGGGAUUUGGACUCCAGCGACGACGGCAGGCUGUCGCCCGGGGGGCUGCAGGUCCCGUUCAGGUCUCCCCGGGGCUCGGGGUACAGCACCCCCGACAGGAGGAGCGAUGGGUACCCCAGUUCCGACCACGACGACUCCUCCGUAGACUUCAACUACAACACGGACGGCUACGAUGGGGACGGCACGGAUGAGCACAAGUCCCAGGAUGGCUCGGAGACCAUGCCGUACAUCGACGAGUCGCCCACCAUGUCGCCCCAGCUGAGCGCCCGCGGCCAGGACGGCGAGGCCGUGUCCCCGACGCCGCAGGCCCUCCUCAUUCCCGGGGGCGACAUGGAUACUGAGAAGGGACUGGAAAUGAGGAAACUGGUCCUCUCUGGGUUCCUUGCCAGCGAAGAAAUUUACAUCAACCAGCUGGAAGCUUUGCUUUUGCCCAUGAAGCCCCUGAAAGCGACAGCGACCACAUCCCAGCCUGUCUUGACAAUACAGCAAAUAGAGACCAUUUUUUACAAAAUCCAGGACAUUUUUGUGGUCCACAAGGAGUUUUAUGACGAACUGUACCCCAACAUUCAGCAGUGGGACAACAAGGUCACAGUGGGACACCUCUUUCAGAAAUUGGCUAGCCAACUUGGUGUUUACAAAGCAUUUGUGGAUAACUACAAAGUUGCCGUAGAGACUGCCAGGCAAUGUAGCCAGGCGAACAUCCAGUUUCAGAAGAUCUCAGAGAACCUCAAAGUGAAGGGGCCCAAGGACUCGAAGGACUGCACCACCACGGUCACGAUGGAAGCUCUGUUGUACAAGCCCAUCGACCGCGUCACACGGAGCACGCUGGUCCUGCAUGACCUGCUGAAGCACACCCCCAAAGAUCACCCCGACUUCCCCCUGCUGCAGGAUGCCCUCCGGAUAUCCCAGAAUUUUCUCUCCAGCAUCAACGAGGAGAUCGACCCCCGGAGGACAGCGGUCACAACGCCCAAGGGAGAGGCGCGCCAGCUGGUGAAAGAUGGCUUCCUGGUGGAGGUGUCCGAGGGGACCAGGAAGCUCCGUCACGUCUUCCUCUUCACAGACCUCCUCCUCUGCGCCAAGACGAAGAAGAUGGCGGUGGGAAAACACCAGCAGUAUGACUGCAAGUGGUACAUUCCUCUGGCCGACCUCGCCUUCCAGACGCUGGACGACACCGACGUCUGCCCGCAUGUCCACACUAUGUCGGAGGAGGAGAUCGAGGAGAUGAAGAUGAAGAUCUCGGUCAUCAAGAGCGACAUACAGAAAGAGAAGAAAGCCCUGAAGGGCCAGACCAGAGCGCUGGACCGCUUGAGGAAGAAGAUGAACGAGCAGGAGUCCUGGCUGCUGUUGCACUCGCCCACCAUCCCCUUCCGGAUCCACAACAAGCACGGAAAGAGCUACUUAUUCCUGCUUUCCUCCGAUUAUGAGAGGUCAGAAUGGAGGGAAGCCAUUCAAAAGCUCCAAAAGAAAGAUCUUCAGGCUUGUUUGCUGAGCUCUGUGGAGCUACAAGUCCUCACAGGAUCCUGUUUCAAACUUAGAACAGUUCACAACAUCCCAGUGACCAGCAAUAAAGAUGAUGACGAGUCUCCAGGCCUGUACGGGUUCCUCCAUGUCAUCGUCCACUCCGCCACGGGGUUUAAAGAAUCUGCCAACCUAUACUGCACUCUGGAGGUUGACUCCUUUGGGUACUUCGUCAGCAAAGCCAAGACGCGGGUUUUCCGCGACACGACGGAGCCCCAGUGGAACGAGGAGUUCGAGAUCGAGCUGGAGGGCUCCCAGUGCCUGCGGAUACUGUGCUAUGAGAAGUGUUAUGACAAGUCCAAGCUGAACAAGGACGACAAUGAGAUUGUGGACAAGAUCAUGGGCAAAGGGCAGGUGCAGCUGGACCCUCAGACAGUACAGUCCAAGAACUGGCACAUGGAUGUGAUAGAGAUGAAUGGGAUCAAAGUGGAGUUUUCAAUGAAGUUUACAAGUCGAGAUCUGAGUUUGAAGAGAACGCCAUCGAAGAAACAGAGUGGGGUGUUUGGAGUUAAAAUCAGCGUGGUUACAAAACGGGAGCGCUCGAAGGUGCCUUUCAUCGUGCGCCAGUGCAUCGAGGAGGUGGAGAAGAGGGGGAUCGAGGAGGUUGGCAUCUAUAGGAUUUCUGGGGUGGCAACAGAUAUCCAGGCUUUGAAAGCAGUAUUUGACACAAAUACCAAAGACAUCCUGGUGAUGCUGAGUGAUAUGGACAUCAACGCCAUAGCUGGAACUUUGAAACUGUACUUCCGGGAGCUGCCAGAGCCACUGCUCACAGACAGACUCUACCUGGCUUUCAUGGAAGGAAUAGCUCUGUCCGACCCGGCCGCCAAGGAGAACUGCAUGAUGCACCUCCUGCGAUCCCUCCCCGACCCCAACCUCAUCACCUUCCUGACCCUGCUGGAGCACCUCAAGAGAGUCGCCGAAAAGGAACCCAUCAAUAAAAUGUCCCUUCAUAACCUCGCCACUGUCUUUGGCCCCACACUGCUGAGGCCCUCAGAAGUAGAGACCAAGGGACACAUCAACCUGGCCUCGGAUAUCUGGUCCCAUGAUGUUAUGGCGCAGGUCCAAGUCCUCCUGUACUACCUUCAGCACCCUCCCAUUUCCAUCUCCGAGCUGAAGCGCAACACGCUGUACUUCUCCACCGACGUGUAGACUGGGAAGAGCCAGAGCGCCCCCUGGCCUCCGGCUCGCAGAGGCGCGUCCACGCCACCCACCCAUCCUCUUGUGUCCCGGUCCAGUGAGAGAAGAGGGAAGACGACGUCCAGAGGAACCAGCACUGCGCUCCCUCUGCAUUUCAUUCGUCUUGUGUGUUUUGUAUUUCAAAAGGACUGUUCCCUGUCCCAUUUCCUGACCCGAUAGCAGGGGACGGUCCACUUCCCCGCCUGGCAGAUGAUCACUUUUGCGUCUGUUCCUCCUCGUUUGGGGGUGUCCCCCCCCACCCCCACCCCCCUCGAAGAGCAGGUCAGGGAACUUGCGCCGAGAUUUCAGUUGCUCUUUUCGGCCUUGGCUGCUGACGGCUUGCUGUCCGCUCUCCGUCCCACGUCCACGGUCAGUUUUAAAGCGGGGAGGGGUUUGAGUCCCCAGCACUGAGCUGUGGUCAGGCCACCGAACCGCUGGAGCAUCGAGGCACAUGGAAACGACGACGAGGACUUGUUGUUUUCUUCUGUGGCAAUGCCAUCACACGUAAAACUGAGAAAGAAUCUGCACCAGGCGUUGGUCACAGCUCUGGUGAGGAGCGAUCAUGGUACUUUGUGAUUGUUAGGAACACGGAGAUAUCGAUAGUGCUUCAAGAACGUUCUGUUGCCGAGUUCACUUCAGAGGCAUUCCAGAAAUGGCAUUUAAAAUAUUUUAUAAAUAUUAUUUGUUCAAUGGUUUAUUUUUUGCUUUGUGCAUGUGAUUGAGGAGGGCUGCGAGCUUUUGACUGUGUUCCGCAAGAGGACGAGGGUGACGUGAUUUUACACCGUCACAGUUUCUGUUUCAGGGCACCUCAGAAGUGUCUCAUUCAUGUGCCACAGCCCUCCAUAGUGUGAGUAAAAGCUGAAUUUGCCCUAUUUAUUAAAAAUAUUAAGUGUGCCUGUACAACCCAGUACAUAUAUAGAAAUAAUUUACAAAAACUUUUUUUUUUCCUUUUAGUAUGAGUCUGUUCGUUGUUUUGAGGUUCAUCUUAAGGAUAUUGAUGUUUUUUUAUGUUAAAUUUCUCAUUUACAUCAGUUGUUGGCUGAAAUGUACUGUAAUAUGAAUAAUUGUGUGAAAAUCCUUUUGACAAUUGAUUCCUUCUUUACGAAAUUGACAUAAGAAAUGGAGAUGUCAUAAAAAUAAAAAUAUUGUACAAAGAAUGAAAAUAAUUCCUUCUUUUAGGUCAUUUCCAUUGUACACCAGUGUACCACAGCAUUCUAGUGUUACUAUAGGAGGGUUAGUGUAUUACUGGGAUCCCCAAUCCUAGUCCUGGUGACCCACAAACUUGCUGGUUUUCACUGCAUCUGAGCUCUUAAAUUCAUCCUUUUAAACCUUAAUGGAAUCAACUAUUGGUUUAGUUAGAAUCUGGGCAAGUUUUUUUUUUCUACUUAAUGACUGGAGAUUGAAGAAACACAUUUGUUAGAAGGCAACCACUUACAAGUUUAGAAACUGAAAAAUGAGUUGAGUUUAAAGGCGUCAUGUCACUUAAGGGCUCAGAUGCUCAGGUGGGACAGAAACCAGCAGGUGUGUAGUCCCCAGCCCCAGGGUUGGGACACCCUGGUAUAACUUGCCCUCACUGCAUGUUCAGCUUAUCAGUCAGGCUGCAGGCUUCCUGCAUUGUCAUCAAUGAAACCCUGCAAGUUCAACUGUACUGUUAUCAAGCCUACAACAUAUCUUAAGGUAAGCACUGUUAGAUGAGUACUAUUUGAUAUUUUUAAUAUAAGAUAAAAAGAAAUCAAAACCGUGUAUUUUACAUCCAUGGGGAAAAAAAAUGAGUACAUAUUUACAGUAAGGGUAAAUGUCGAUGUGAACUUUUUUUUUAGAAAAAUAAAUAAAACUGUACCAAACAGUGAUAUUCUGUGACAUUCUUGGACUGGGGAAGCUGAAGUAUAUUGUUUUUUGUAUCUUUUCACUGUACCACAUAAUCAUUACAAGGUACAACUCCAGGGAGGAACCAUGAUAGAAGCUUCUUCUGUUGUUACUUAACAUUGUUUUAACUUUUUGUACAUCCGGUGUGUAAUAAUAGACCACAUCGUGCUUCA